GAUCAAGAAUAGAGAAGGACAAACCAUUGUUGAUAUACUUGAAAAGAUCAUAGAAACCCAAGAGACAAAGAUUGGAUUGAUUUGUCAUGGGUUUUCUGCGCAUAAGGACUUUAUGUUUAAUCCGAAGAUUGCAGAAGAAUUGCCUUUUGAUUCUUUUAGGUUUGAUUUUCGCGGAUAUGGGGAAAGUGAUGAGGAAAUUUCUUUGACGCAUUAUGAGUUGUAUGCAAUUCUAAGUCAUUCGAAAGGAACCUUGGCAACCAUGAUAUAUGCGGAGGUCAUUGAAACUUUGAAUAUCGAGGACAAGUCAGGUGUCAUAAAAUUACCAAAGAGGACUUCGAUAAAUUUGCCGAGCUUGAACUUGAACCGUAUGGCAAAUCAUUUUUAUGAACGAAACAAGUGGAUGAGUAGGGUGCCCAGGUAUUUGGAAGUUGAAGGUGUAAAAAAUUUCAGAGAUCUCGGUGGGUACCUAUGCACCGAUGUCGACAGUGAGAAUUCAAACGUGCUGAGAUAUGUAAUGGAUCGAUUUGUUUUUAGAUGUGGAAUAUUGAAUAAAACCACAGAAAAAGGAAUUCAAACAUUAUAUCGGUUCAAUGUCCGAAAGAUGUUCGAUCUUAGGUCAAGUUAUGAAGUCAAGCGGGUUGGAUAUAAAGAAAUUGAGAGAAUUACAAGAAUCCAUGCACCAGUAUUUUAUGAAUCAGAUGACGUUAAUAAAUUAUUUGAAAGGUGGAGGUUAUAUACUCAAGGAUGCGAAGGUUUUUCCAAAGCUUACAUGAUCAUGUUAGAUGAAGGCAGAGAAACAUAUAAAAAGUGUUCAAGCAUAUCCUCGAGCACCCGAAUAUACCAUUCCUUAUUCAUU